AUGGUUCAAGAAGUCUGUCGGUGCUCAGGAAUCAGUCCGUGGACUGAGGGCACAAGCAUCGAGUUUACUGAACCAACUGGACAGGACAACGAGCAGUCUUACUCAAUAAUGGCCAGCACAAUUAUUGGGGAACACCCUCGGCUAGGAGGAACUCCGCUCGCCAUGUUGGCGGCACAGUGUAACAAGCUCGCAAGUAAGAGCCCCCCACCGCUUGCCGAUGCUGCAGUAGGAAAAAGCUUCCAUCCUUGGAAAAAAGUCCCACAAACAACUGGCAAUUCUGCUGCCGGACUGACAUUCGGUUCCCAGCGAGUUUCCACUCUCGCCAGUAGCAACUCUCAGACCAUUAACUACCAGAGACCCACAGUGACGUCGUCAUGUAGCUCCGCCCCAUACGGAGGCGAUAAUUUGUUUUACCCUGGCGGCUGCGUAACACCAUCUUCAGGAGACACCAGCCAGACUCACCUCCUAAGUAAAGUUCAUUGUGAAUCUUCUCAUUUGGGUACUAUGUAUUCCCGGAUUGGAAUGAGCGCCCAUCCUUACGAGAGUUGGGCUUUUAAUAUGAAUAUGGCUGGCGCCACUCAUGGUGGUAUCAAGUCGGAAGUUUCCUCCGUCAAUUCACUCAACUCAACAACUUGGUGGGAUAUGCACGCAACUUCAGCAGGAGCCGGCUCAUGGCUCGAGAUGUCGGGAGCCUCUCCAGUGCUCCAUAGCCAAAUUUCCGCCAGCUAUGCCGGUGGUGAAUAUAGUUUUUCGCCAACUCUUGCAGCAGCCUCGAAUCCGGCUCACCUACUUACGCCGGGACAGCAUAUACUCCAAGAUACCUACAAGUCCAUGCUACCCACAGCUCAAGGAAUGGGUUCCUCUAUGACCUCACAUUUUGGCCUUUCUCAGCCUACUCUGUCUCAAGUACCAUCCCCUCGAUCACAACGGCGGUAUACAGGGCGCGCCACAUGUGACUGUCCUAACUGUCAGGAAGCUGAGCGGAUGGGUCCGGCUGGGGCACACCUGAGAAAGAAGAAUGUCCACAGCUGCCACAUUCCGGGAUGCGGAAAGGUAUACGGAAAAACGUCCCAUCUCAAGGCACACCUUCGUUGGCAUACAGGUGAACGGCCCUUUGUGUGUAACUGGCUGUUUUGCGGGAAACGUUUUACUAGGUCGGAUGAGCUCCAGCGCCAUCUCAGGACCCACACCGGGGAAAAACGGUUUGCCUGUCCCAUUUGUAAUAAACGUUUCAUGCGUUCUGACCACUUGAGCAAACAUGUUAAGACCCACAAUGGACAAGUCACAGAAAAAAAGGGUAGCAGCAGUGAGAACUGUAGUGAUUCGGAAAACAGUCAGAGCGAGUCCCUCAGUAUAAGCUCUCCUGUUUCUGUAAACACCCCAUCACUACCCCCACAGACAGUGGCUAUGACCACUAAUCGUUCUGUAGUAGACACAAAGUAG